AGUAUAUAGUCGUGUGUUGUUUCUGUUGGUUCUUAUAUCAUUACAUUCUAUCUGCAGCGUAAUAAUUAAUAAUCUCGGGAAAUAUUUAGGAACGUUUUUCGGCACACACAUGGUUAUUACUAUGAACAUACUAGAUUUACCGGAAGAGAUCCAGCUGCAAAUAUUGGAUUUUUUGGAUUUUGGAAAUCGCCUCGCUGCGUCCAAGGUUUGUCGUUUGUGGAAUGAGCUUGCAUUCUGCGGUCAGUUUAUGAACCGAAUCUGUCUACAUUUGAACAUCAGUGAAGGCAGCUUAGAUCGGACUAUGGACAAUCUUGAAAGCAAUGGUAGACCCUACCGUCGGAUCGUGAUAAAUUUCAACAACACCGUCUUCCCAACGAUUGACAGAAUAGCAUUGAUUCUCGGAGCCAUCGAUAGCAUUGCAAGUUUAGUGUUGACGGGGAUCAAAUAUAUUGAACCGUGUCAACUUCUGUCGCUACUAUCAAACACCCCUAAUUUAAACCAGUUAUGUUUAUCGGAUGAUGACGACAAUUUUCCUGAAAGUUACGUUAGCAAUACACCUUGGUACGAAUGUUUCUCAUACUCACCACCCAUCUUCCUACCGAUUGUUCAGAGGCUUCAAUUAGUGUUCCCAAAGAUUUACAAACCUACGCUUGAAUCACUGCCAAACAUAUUCCCAAAUCUCGAACAGCUUGAGCUUACGACGAACAGCAGCUCAAUCAUCACUGUAUGCCAUGCUUAUCGAAAUCAAUUGGAGCGUUUAUCAAUCCUUUCGCCACAAAGGGAUUUCUUCAUUUUAUUCUGUGAAAUGGAGUUUCGAAAAAUUUCUCAGCUCCAUUUCGAUCAAUUCGAAUUACACGAUCAGUUGAUAGUGGAGAAGUGCACACGAUUCUUUCUAAAUCCUAAUCAUCGCACAAACCUAGAGCAGCUUAUCUUCCACCCCCGAUUCAUGAUUCGUACCGCGAUUUUCACAACGAUCUGUCGCAACUGUUCGGUGUUACAAGAGUUGGAACUCAGCCUGGACUACAUGAAUGGCGAUGCGCUCAAAGAGAUCAUCAAUUUAAAAAUGCUACAAAAUUUAUCCCUCUAUGGGACAGCUUAUUUCCACGAAACUCCCCGUUGUUUGCAAACAAUCAGCUGCUUGAAGAGAGUCAAGAUCAGCGCUAGCAGGUUCCCCAUCAGUCUACUCGAGUUUAUCGCCGAUAUUGCGCCCAAAUUGGAAACUCUUGCGCUGGAGGAUAUUCAGGAACCGGAAGCGAUAUUUCAAAUUAUGCCCGGAAUCGUUGGCAGCCUUCAACACCUAGAGAUGAGCUUUUCGGACUCAUUUGAAACACCGUCAUCUUGUCGUCCGUCGGGAUUUCUGAAAAGCAUGGCGAGUCUGCAAACGUACCGCUUGCGAAGGGUGAUAAUCGGUCAUGGAAUUCAGGGUUGGCUUCAGGAUGCACCCAACUUGAGGAGUGUUUCGCUGGACAAUUGCAGAACACUGAACGACACGCAUCUUGUGAUACUAACUACCAACUGUCCCAAGUUGAGACAGCUCACACUGAAGAGGUGUGGUCAGGUCACAGCAACGGGAGUCGCACAAUUCAGUUCUCGGGUCCCUUUGUGUAGUAUUAGUUGUGAAUUAAAUUAGAUUGUGUUCAGAACGAUGGUUGAACCAAUUUAAUCUAUUGUUGUCUUAUGACUAUAAUAUAUAAUAUAAUAAGUGAUAGGGAGUGUUACUGUCAAUCGCACUGUGUUCAAAAAGACGUUUAGGCCCAAAAAUGCCUCGCAGCUCCCAAGGAAAUCGAAUCGUGAGAGUUGGUCUCAGGAGAAUCUCACUCUUGCAAAAGAGGCUAUCGCCGGUGGACUUUUUGUCAAACGUGCUUCCAAGGAUCACGUUUUGUGAAAGGUGGUAAGUUCGAAGCUAGGACCUAGAUUCCAUCGUACUACUAAUUGAAUUGUGUUCAGCUGGUAUCAAGUAUAUUUAAUGACAAAUUGGGGGUGUCGGUUUCACCAGCACUGGUUGGUGAAUACUGUUUUUAUAUCAGCCUUGAAAAGUGACUAUUACUUGCGAAAUUGUCGUUUAAAAGCACUGAUCUAGACAAUAAUUCUGUAAGGGAAACAUAACAAUAUGCGCCCUCAGAUCUCACAAAACAAUACUUUCCCAUAUGGGGCCGGGCUUACUCCCAGUUCCCCUACAAGAACAAUCCUAAUAAUCUUACAAAUAGAAUUCAUGUCAGCACUUAUGCAACAAAAGAUAAAAUUACAAUUGCUGGCUGCUUCAUUCUUUUUAUUGCCGUUCUGUUAAAUAAGAAUGUCCAUCUAAUUCGGUGCAUUUUUUUUUUCAUUUCGCAAUUUGUAGUAGGAACUUUCGCUAAACCGACAUAUGUUUAGUUCAUAACCCAAUAUCGAUGUCGAAUGCAAUUUACAUCAAUAACGUAUCCAUUGAAAAAAUAAAAACAAAAUGCAAAAUAUAAUUCAAUGAACCAAAUUUUCCUUAAAUUCUACGAUUAUUUGGGUCUUGUACAAGAAUGCAUCGACGCCCUUAUGAGUUAAUUUGCAACAGCCUUGGCGAAAACUUCGAAACAACCAUGUCCGAUACUCUGUUUGUACUGUCAGUUUCUCCCCAGAACGCGAAGAAGUUGGACAUCGUGAGGCACUUCGUGUCCGCCGGAUAUAACCAAUCCGACAUUUACAACAUCCUCUUCCUUCGGGAGAAUGACGAGAGUGUCGAAAGAAAGCCUGGCUCUGGUAUUCCGACAGUGCUACGCAACCGUAAAGUGCAACAGAAGCUGAAGAGGGAGACUGAGAGCAAGGGAGUCUCAUCGUCUCGCGACUUGAAUAAGUACAUGGAGCAAUUCCAUGCCAAAUCAGCCGACCACUGACUCGACCCUCUCCGAUUUUCGACGUAGAACUACGUCUUUCUUUAAUACAGUCAACGUUAAUAACAAAGGGGAAUAUUUUCCUAGAGCAACAAACAGGAAGGGAGCCGAAGAGGAAUGUUUGCGCUAGGAUAUUAAUACUGGGUCUCUGCUAAGGCGUUGGACGGUGCGACGCAUGUUCUGCCCCAGAUCAACGUUUCGUUUGUUCCAGGCUGAAAAACCUGAAUUCACGAUGCUACAUGAAGAACUGAAAGAUUUUUAUUUGAUCAUUCGCACUAAUAUCUGCGAGGAAACUUCCGUUGUUUCAAUGUACAAUUGAUAUGAAGAUCAUUUGAGGCGACCCAAGCCGCCAAGAUGACGCGAUCCGAGUCCACCGCCGACCCACCGUCGGAAGCGGCGGUGUCUCGCACGCACACCUGGGUUGUACUGAUUGCCCGGUUAGUUUUAAACAUAGGAUACGAUCCUUUAGCAAGGCAUACAUUUGCCCGUGGAGUAACGUUUGCCUGGUUAAUUUUUGUUUUGAAGUACAAUACGACGCCACAAUAUUUCUAGCCUAAAGGGUGUGUCACAUCAAAUUGCAUCACGGAAAAAACGCUGUAGAAAUUUAAUUUUUAGGAAUUAUAUC